UAAACUGGAGAGAGAGAGAGUGUGAGAGAGGGGGUGUGUGUCUGAUUGAGCCUAGCUUAUUGACACCGGCCGUGUUUCACGCUGGGACUGGAACUAUCGUCUCUUCGUUUCCAGUUUUAGAUUUCAAUGUCGGAUGUGACACGCCAAUUGGAAUUUUGCUGAAUUACCUUUUUUUUUUUUUUUUUUUUUUUUUUUAAAAGCAAGGACUUCGCGAUGGCGGCUGGUGGAACAGGGGGCGGUAAUAAAACGUAUUCUUUUAAGGUGGUUUUGUUAGGAGAAGGCUGUGUGGGGAAGACAUCAUUGGUGCUGCGGUACUGCGAGAACAAAUUCAACGACAAACACAUCACAACGUUGCAGGCAUCCUUCUUAACAAAGAAAUUGAACAUCGGAGGGAAAAGAGUUAACCUUGCGAUAUGGGAUACAGCAGGUCAAGAAAGGUUCCACGCCCUGGGCCCAAUAUAUUACAGAGACUCCAACGGAGCCAUAUUAGUGUACGAUGUCACAGAUGAGGAUUCCUUUCAGAAGGUGAAAAACUGGGUUAAAGAAUUAAGAAAAAUGUUGGGGAAUGAAAUAUGUUUAUGUAUAGUUGGUAACAAAAUAGACCUGGAAAAAGAAAGACACGUAUCAGUACAAGAAGCAGAAGGAUAUGCAGAAUCAGUUGGGGCAAAGCACUAUCACACUUCAGCCAAAUUGAACAAAGGAAUUGAAGAACUUUUUCUUGACCUUUGUAAAAGAAUGAUUGAAACGGCACAGGCAGAUGAGCGAGCAAAAGGUAAUGGCUCCAGCCAAUCAGGAGCAGCACGACGAGGGGUACAGAUCGUGGACGAUGAACCCCAGAGUGCUGCCGCUGCGGGUGGAGGCUGCUGUUCAUCCGGCUAAAGAGUCUUUGCCCCAACACCCCCUCCCCAUCCCUUUCCAUUUACAUGAAGACUGCCCUGUUCAAGGUCACAUGUUCAUUCACCCAACAGAAUACAAUUAACAGUAUUUUCAUGUAAUCCCAUUUAUAACAUUUAAGAGACUUUUGAAAGUGCUAAACUAGUGGAGUGUGACCAAUGAAUAUGCAGUUACGCUACUGUUAACAACAGCAAUUAAAAAUGGCCUUCUGCCCCGCGCCAGCCCCUCCUUAUCAAUUUUAUUGUUUAAUGACGCAGGUAAUGCGCGUAUAGAAAUGUAAGAGCUUGUUAUGUUUUUCUUUUAAAUCAGAUCUUUAUUAUUUAAUGUUAACUUAUGUACAUGUUCUUUGGAAAUGUAUAUGUUCAAACCCUUUUA